AUGGCGGGACAAAGUGAAUAUCCAGAUAUUUUGUUUGAUUUUAGUGAAGAUGAGUUGGUUACCAACCAAUAUACAAUCCAUACAACAGAUCAUACUGGCUCAUCAAGUCACACCUCAUUAUGUAUUGGGAUGUCUUUUGACACAAAAGAGUCCACAGUGUCAUAUAUCAAGCAAUACCACAUCGACAAUGGUUACAGAUUUGUGGUUGUUGAGAACAAAUCUGAAAAAUUUAUAUGUCGAUGUGUCAACCACAAAAAAGGCUGCUCGUGGCGUUUACGGGCUGCUUAUAGCAAGCGGAGUAUGAAUUGGGAGAUUAGAAAGAUUGACGAAAUCCACACUUGUUUGUCAACCAUGCAAUCUGCAGAUCAUGUCAAUCUUGAUUCCAACCAAAUUGGUUCUAUUGUGAUGAACUCUGUAAAGGAAAAUCCUUCCAUACCUAUCAAAAGUUUAGUAGUUGAAAUCAAGAAUCGUUUCGGAUAUUCAGUUUCAUAUGACAAAGCUUGGAAUGGUAAGCAAAAAGCGUUUGCUAAGGAGUUUGGAGAUUGGGAAGAGUCUUACAAUGAACUUCCCAGGUGGUAUCAAGCUGUACAAGAAAGCAAUCCCGGCACAAUAAUUCAAUGCACUGGAUCUCCUAGACUUGUUAGUGGCCAACCUGACCCUUCUUGCUAUAUUAUGGAACGCGUAUUUUGGUCUUUUGGACCAUGCAUUCAAGGGUUUAAUUAUUGCAAGCCAAUUGUCCAAGUAGAUGGCACAUUUCUCACAGGAAGAUAUCAAGGGACAUUGCUAACCGCACUAGCUCAAGAUGGGUCACGUAAUAUAUUCCUUCUGGCCUUCGCGAUAGUGGAAGGAGAAACAAAGGAGACCUUGAUAUGGUUUUUUCAACUCUUAAGGGAGCACGUUACACCACAAUCAAACCUCUGCUUGAUAACAGACAGGGGGAAAGACAUAUUGGCAGCCCUACAAUCUGAAGAAGUACAAUGGGAAGUAGAUGGAUUGCAAUCAGUAUACUGCAUACGUCAUAUUGCUUCCAAUUUCAACAAAAAUUCAAGAAUCACGAAUUGA